GUGAGCGGGGGUGGGGCCCCGGCGGCCGCGCCUCCCCAUGGCGAAGAAAACCUACGACCUGCUCUUCAAGCUGCUCCUCAUCGGGGAUUCGGGGGUCGGCAAGACCUGCGUGCUCUUCCGCUUCUCCGACGAUGCCUUCAACACCACCUUCAUCUCCACUAUCGGGAUAGACUUCAAGAUUAAAACCGUUGAAUUACAAGGAAAGAAGAUCAAGCUGCAGAUAUGGGACACGGCGGGGCAGGAACGAUUUCACACCAUCACCACCUCCUAUUACAGAGGUGCCAUGGGGAUCAUGCUAGUGUACGACAUCACUAACGCCAAGAGCUUUGAGAACAUCAGCAAGUGGCUCAGAAACAUAGAUGAGCACGCCAAUGAAGAUGUGGAGAGGAUGCUGUUAGGAAACAAGUGUGACAUGGAAGACAAAAGAGUUGUGCCCAAAGCAAAAGGUGAACAGAUUGCUAGAGAGCACGGAAUUAGGUUUUUUGAAACUAGUGCGAAAGCAAAUAUAAACAUCGAGAAGGCAUUCCUCACAUUAGCAGAAGACAUUCUUCGAAAGACCCCUGUAAAAGAGCCCAACAGUGAAAAUGUAGAUAUCAGCAGCGGCGGUGGGGUGACGGGCUGGAAGAGCAAGUGUUGCUGAACCCUCUCCUAUCUCACCAAUCGCCAUCCACCGCCCCUUUUUUCUCGCUGCAAAACAAACCACUCUGCCCGUUUUUAACCUGAAACCAAUGUUUUUGUUCCUCAUCUUAACAAGCUCCUGUCUCCCUUCUGUUUUUCCGAUUAGGACAGCUUGCGUACUCUAAUUUUCUCAACAACAUGUAUAGGAAAACCAUCUCCGUGACUUCAUCUUUUCAUGUUACCUGCUCAACUUACCACUACGUUUUGGUUGUAUUAUAGUCCCGUUCCUCCCGACAUUAAAACAUACAGCAAUCAUAUUCAACUCGAUUCUGCAAACUGUAUAAGAAUAAAAGUUAGAAUUAACAAUUUAUUUUGUACGACAGUGGAAUUUUCUGUCACGGAUAAUGUGCUUGAGUCACCGCAUUCUCUAGAAAGAGCCAGGCAAACUCAUUUUCGCCUUGAGUCUGUGAACGGGGUUUCUUUUGUCCUGUGCCUUAUGUGGAAAGGAACUUUUGUUUUUACUUUCUUUUCUGUUCUGUUCUGGUGGAAGCAUGUGCAGGAGACAGACCAUCCAUCCCUGACCCUUCCCAAAUCCCCACCUCCUUCCUGUUUGCUUUCUGUAACCGUCGGUGUCACGCAUCGAGGACAAAGGGUGGUGCAAAAACCAAGCGACAUUUAUUCUGCUGUGUCUCCAUUUCGGUGAUGUAGCCAUUCGGAACUGUUCCCGCUGCCCGUUUCUUUUCUCACUUGCAGCUCUUUCCUUUUGCCUGCAUGCUGCUUUUAUUUGCAUUUCUUCAUCGUGUGAUGUGUUAAUUAAAAGGACGGCAACGCGGUAUGUUUGCCAAAACUUUAAUACAAAGCACUGACUUAGCUUCCAAGGUAAAACUGUUGAGGAUACCUACUAACUCCCUCUAGGCAUUGUCGGUUCCCUAGUAAUCUCCUCUCCUCCUGCAUAGCCGUUGGGUUUAUGACAUGGAAGAGUCCUUGCAUGCACUAGUUUUCUAUGGAGGGUGAUGUGGUUGUCUACUUUAUGUGUAUGAAUAUAACCCACAGUUCCCAAACUGACAGCAGUUAACACGAGCUUUUCCGUUCUCUCUUACUCUAGCGAGUUGUUCGGGAGCCUGGCAAAGGCCGAGUGAGACGGGAUCUUAAACAAAAGAAAGGAGAAAAAGAGAAGUUGGCAGUUUAAUUUAUUACCUCCUUGAAAAACUUUCCAUUUCCCAGUGUGGAAAGCUGAGUCCUUGGGUCAGCCCUGGGCUCGCUCCUGGGCUGCGGGACCGCGGGUGAUCCUGGCAGGGCUGUCUAGCCCCCCUGGGAUUCCUGUGCUUUCCCAGCUCUCUCUGCCCGCAGCUCUGGGCGUUGCCGGGCUCCAGUGUCACCGAUGGCACAGCUCCAUGGAAAGGCAGGGGGUUAGGGACUGCCAGCCUGGCUUGAUCCAGGCGUUCCCACUGCAGGAGCGGCCGUAAUGCCACUUCCUGCACAUUUAAACCACAGCGUAGGAAAGCUGCUCUGCCAUGGACAGGGACAUUUCACAUGGAUGCUCCUUCCUCCCAGGCCUCCCGUUCUCCUUUCCGGCUGGACAAGCUGUGCCUCACUCUUGUCCACUGGUGUUUCGGACUGUCUCUGGUAAAUAAUUAAAAUAGCCAAUAACGCUGAUUGAAUUUUAAUGAAAUGACAGUGUUUUAACAUGGAACUCCUUGUUUUGAACGGCUUCCCCUGUAGUAACCUGACCGAGGGGUCUCUCUUUUCCUCUGUAUCCCGGCAUUUUGUCUCCGUGUGUGUUAACCCUUCCCAGUCGAGUGGCUGUCAGGGUCGGGCAGGACGCUGGGAUUGGAAGGAAUCGGCUCCGUCCCUCACCUGCCGUUCAGCAUUGUAAAUAGAGUCCAGCUCCCUCGGUUCAACCUGCACUUUCUGAUGUUAUCAAAAAGGGAAAAACAGAGAAAAAGUCAUCAAGGUUUUUUUUUUUUUUUUUGUAUAAUCCUUGUUUUAAACAUGAGCUUUUGAUUUGCUUCCUGGGGCUCGGCCCCCUCUGUAAUUCCCUCGGGAUCCUGUGUAGACGCUGUGUCUGUUGCAAGCCCACAGGUAGAGAUCCGGCCACUCACCAGCCCAACCAGUCGUCGCCUCCGGUUCCUGUCCUUAACCCAGUGAAUAAACUCGAGUGUUUCUAGCCCGUCUACUUCUGUUCCUAUAACCCCAUGCGUUGUAUCCGCGUGGCUCGGCGUGGCAGUGGCUUGUGGAGCGCACGGCCCAGCCGAGGAGGAGCGAGCACCCAGAGAUGCUAAAAGAAACAAACCCCAAGUGAUAAUAACCCUCGUGGAGGAAUUGGCAGUAAUGUUACCUAAACUCCUGCGAGCUGGCACACUUAACGGCUCCUAAACCUCUGCUCCGAAUCUCCAGCCCCUGCCUGGAAUAGGGAAGGACGGAGAGCCACUUCCCUGCGCCAGCCUUGCCCCGUGCCGACUUCACUCGCCCCAGCCAGCAGAGGAACCUCAGCGCUGCCUUUUGGUUAUGGCAAAAUUGAUUCAAUUGAUGAUGACAAACUCAAAUCCAGGGUGGAAUCUUUCCCACAGGCGUGUUCCCACUUUCCGUGGAGCCGGCCGGGGCAGAGCGGCGCUUCCAGCUCUGGGACUGGGAUGGUGGCAAAACAACAUCAACCUAAGGUCUAGGAUUAACUCCCAUGCCUACAGUUUUUUACUUAAUCUUUUAAUAUUUUUGCUACUCCACUCUGGCUUUUUAUUUAAAACACAUUCUUUUGUACCACUGACUGUAUCAAAUUGUAUAAAGAUCACUGUCCCAUCUUGGUCCGACCAAGAGCAAAUAAAAGCUUUUAUAAACUU